AUGCUGAAAAACUACUUGACCGCUUUUCCACCAACGAAAUUCGUAAUUAUAGAAGACACAGUUAACGAAAGGGGAGAACAAUUCGUGGAAUAUCUGUUGAACAAUCAUUCGGACAAACCCCAAACCAGCGUCCAUUAUUUCGUGUUUCAAGAGCCCUUCGCCAGGGCCAAGGCGAGAUUGGCGCACAAACCGGUCAAUUUGUACGAUUAUGUUAGCAAUCCGUCGGGCUGGAACGGCGAAGAGAAAAUGGACUUCGCGAACGCCAUUAAAAGAGUUUGCGAAGUUAACGGGGCGAUCUUCAUCGAUUCCCUAGUGCACGUUAUUUAUUCGUUAGGUUUAGGAGAAACUUACGCCUUGUUCAAUGCUUUAAGAAAAUGCGGUGUUCAACAACAAAUAGUUACGGUACUACACAAAGAUUUGUUAGAUGUUAGCGUUAAUGCCUCGCAGUUGUUUCGGAAUUUGAGUACUCUUUUUUUGAAUAUAUUGCCCGAAUCGCAAUCGGACAAACGGAAUAAUCGAGUUGAAUACGUUUACAUAAAACCCGGCGGAAAGGUGUUUAAAGAGAUUGAAGAAUAUUGUUUCCAAAUCAAAGGGAAUUUGGUAACGAAGAAGAUCGAAAAGCUCGAUCCAAAGAAACUGGUCUCGUCCCAACUGGAUCCCGAGCUACUAGCCACCUUUAAAAUAGGCUUGAGCACCGAAGAAAGGCAAAUUAGAGACGAACGACGGGGAGAAAUAUUACCUUAUUUACCAAAAUCGGACGAUCCGAAGGAAGGCAGAAUCACAUACAAAUUCGACGAAACGGACGAUUGGGACGAAGAAGACCCCGACGAUGAUCUAGACAUUUAA